AUGAGUGAUUUUGAUGAUGAUUUUUUUAAUGUUGCAAGGGAUGAUAUUGAUGAUAUAGACAAUAGCUCUACUGUCUUGAUUCAAUCAAAGAAACAACUUGGAAAUACAACUUCUAAACGGCCUAAUCUAUCAAGUUCAGUAGACAAUUUACCGACAUUUAAUAACAUAAACACACAAAUUAUAGACUCUGAUGAGAAUACGGAUAACAAUACAGAUAUAAACAAAACAGAGGUAAGAGGAAGGUCCAAAACAAGAAACUCGUAUAUUUCUAUAUCCUCUGGUUCUUCAAGGGAAAGUUCUUUGAGUUCCGUUAGUAGAGAUACAGGUAGUAAAAGGGUUAGAAGUAGAUCAAGUUCAUUUGAAAUUGAAAGUCAAUUUGAAUCUGAAAUGAAAAGACGUAAAAAAAUUAUGAACCAACUGCAUUCUUCUGAUUUAAUAGAGAAUGACGAAAAUGAUGAUUUUUUCAAAGAACUGGAACUAAUGAGUAGCUCGUCUAUAAAUAGUAAGAGUCUUGGCAUUAAUAAGGCUAAAGAUCAUAUUAAUGAUGAUGAUAAUAGAUUUAAUACAAUAGACUUAGAUUUGCAAUCAACAAGUAACGACAAUAAUAAUAAUAAUUGUAAUAUAGUGUCUUCCACUUCUUCUUCAAACCCAAAAAGAAUAUAUAAGAUACACUUUUUAUCUAAAUUAGAAGGAACAAUAAAUAAAAGUGUUCAUGUUAAAGUAUUGGGUAAAUAUACUUUUGAAAACAUAUUGCCUCCGGCAUUAAUGGGAUUAGUUAAGGCUUAUAAGGUACCUAAAUCUUUGCAAAGAUUUUAUGAACCCGAUAAUGUUGUGUUGUAUAGAAAUGAGAGUAUGAAGUUGUUUAGAUUUAUGAAUUGUAAUUCUUUGAAUAUCCCACAAAGUUUUGAAAAUGAGAUAUCUGAUGUUGAAAUUGUUUUGGUAUCGAAGGAUAAAGAAACAGAAUAUGAAAGGAUGGUUAAUGAAAAAAUAUUCGACGACGAAUCAAUUCUAGAUGAUAUACACCUGGAUUUGGAUCAAAAUGAUAUGAAUUUCCAAUCUGGGCAAGAACUAGAAAGAGAAGAACAAGAGAGAAAAGAAAAAAACGAACAAUUACUUAAAAUUGCUCUGAGGGGAGAAGAUAAUAAGAAAGUUUAUGCUAAUGUUAGAAAUUCGACGUCUUUUCAAAAAUUAGUAGAUUAUUAUAGAAUACAAAAACAAAUUCCAAAAAACAAAAAAAUUAUACUGUCAUUUGAAAAUGAUCAAUUAGAUUUAGGAAAAUGUAUUCAAGAUCAUGAGAUUGAAGAUGAAGAUGUUAUUGAUGUUAUUAUCAAAUAA